CACCAACAUACCGCUCUGGAACAACCAAUGUAGUAGUCUCGUCGGUCAUUACUUGCUAUAGCUUGUACAUCGCUCAACGGAAAGUAGGUCGUUGCUUGAACUAAUCUUUCCAGACGUUUUACUUUUCAUCUGUCGAAGUAUGGAACCGUGGGACUUUCCAAAUAGCGGCAGCACCACAAGACAGAUGGUCACCCAGGACACCAAUCCCCCUGCAACGCACAAUUUUUCUCUCCCUCGACAAUGAUUUCCCAAAUUUUCCAAACGCAGCUCUCACAUCCUCAAUCUCCUGAGCCAACGACCACCAUGAACGCAUAUCGAAGAGGGAACUGGACGCCACAAGAGGACGACCUGAUGCUCAAACUAUUAGCAACACACGCUCCUUGCGAUUGGAACAGAAUCUCCGAUCUGAUGCAAACCCGGAGCCCGAAACAAUGCUCUGAGCGAUGGACCCAACACCUGCGACAAGAUCUCGACCACAGCGCCUUCACGAGAUACGAAUGCUGGGCCAUUCAAAACCUGGUGGCUCAAUAUGGGACUUCCUGGGCAUUGAUAGCUCAACAUCUUCCCCACAGAAGUGAGAGGAAGAUCAAAAAUUGGUGGUAUAAUCUUCAGCAGAGGCAGAAGAGGAAGUUGAAGCGUGAGGAGGGGGAAUUGAAGGCGGUGCGGAGAUUACAUGCUUUUGCAUUCAAUCGUGAACCAUCUCCUGCUGUCGCGGAAGCAAGUCUGCAGCCUUCAGAUACUUUUGUCAUCCCCACAACAACGAUGAGCCCAAUAUCUCUACGCAUAUCCUCGCAGCAGGCCGACAGUCCUGGAGUCUACUCACCUCUUGCCACCGAGUACACCCUCGACGUCGCAACAAAGACGCUUGAACCUGCUCGGACGUCUCAGAACCCAAACAUUGGACUGCCGUCGCCGAUAUCUCCUCCAAAACAUCACUUUCAACGCCAAACGCCACAGCACCAAGAAGAAUCUUCUACAAAAACCGACACUAGGCUUCCAUCACCAAAACCGCACCCUCUAGAUCAAUAUCGACAAUGGAUCGCCGAGUAUCAGCAAGAAAUACUUCGGAUACACCAUCAUCACAGUUUUGUCUCGCCCGUGGAGCAGCAGAAGAGGGUUCUCGAAUGGCAGAAGAGCGUCAAUGAUGGUAUGGCACAGCCUGAAGCCUUAGCCGAGGUACAACUACGAUGUCUAAGGGCUACAGUACGUUCGGCAUGGACGCGUUCUUAAGUGCCUUGUGGUGGAGGACUUAGACAGCGAGAUAUGGGUGGGAGAUAGUUCAGCUUAAUGAGCACUGCGGCCUUCUCUUAUUGAUUAUUAUAGUAGUGCUUGAACAAGAAACUGAACAAAGUCAUUCGGAGAGCA